AGAUAUUAAACCGCUCGAUAACACGGAAAUCAGGCAGCCUUGUCUUGUCUUGUUAGCCGGGACUGCGACACCAGCUAGCCGUGUGGAGCUAACAGCCCAGGCGGCUCUUCAUCGUCUGGCAGCCGGAGCAGGCAAAAGGGCUGCCUCUUGAGGACAGUGGGGGCUCUCUGAUGAUCCCCCCGUUCAUCCGAUGAACCCCCUCAACUCCAUGAAACCUUCCCUGCCUCCCACUCCACAAAGCAGCGACGGCCCCUUCCUGAAUGACCCAGUCUCCUGGCAACCAGGAACCAAUCAGCACCCAGGAUCUCUGUCUGUAGUAACCACAGUGUGGGGCGUGACCAAUCCCACACACAGCCAGGUGUUCGGAGCACCCAUGGGUCCGGGCGAGAGCUCUGGCGGUCACAUGAUGCCCGGCGGCAGCCCCGGUAUGGGCCCCGGCAUGGGCUCCCAGUUCAUGGGCCAGCAGUCGUACGGAGACGCCCAUAAAGGCUACGGCCAGCCCGUCAUGUACGGACGCCCCAGUGCUGCUUACAACCCGGCGUCCGCCUACGGGGGAAGUUACUCUGGAAACAGCGGAGGUGCCGGUCUGGGCGUGCGUCCUCCCUCAGACUUCACUCAGGCUGCCGCUGCUGCUGUUGCCGCUGCCGCUGCCACGGCAACCGCCACCGCUACGGCAACCGUACAGGCCAUACAAGAGAAGCAGAACCAGGAGCUCAGCUAUGGACAGAUGGGCGGAGCGUCCUCUUACAGCACCCAGUUCCUGUCCCACGCGGGCCCCCGUGGCCCCCCAGGGAUGGUCUCGUCCAGACCGGGACCCCCGCCGCCCAGCGGAGGCCUGUACCCGUCCCACCCGGCCCAGGCUCAGAAGAUGCCGCAGCACGGCGGCUACCCCGGGCCGCAGCAGGGCCUCAAACGGCCGUUUCACUCAGAGGGUUUCCCGGUGCAGCAGUACGGCUCCGGGGGCAUGUCGGGGUACCCCACGCAGCCCCUCCAGUACCCGGCCGGCCCCCCGCAGCGCUGCGCCCCCUCCCCCUCCUACCCCUCCAGCCGGAUGCCCCUCAUGGGCCAGUACGGCUCCGGAUCCCAGCACCCGGCCCAGUUCCCUCCUGGAGCCGGACAGCCCAACCCUCCACAGUACUACAAGUCGGAGCCGUUUAACGGUCAGGGCAGCCUGCCGUCUGCAGGAGCCGGAGGAUACAACGCCUUCACGCAGGCUGCAGUCAGCGGGCCAGGUCGGGGCAGCGUGAUGCCCGGGUAUCCCAGCUCGCCGAUGGGAGGGAACCCCACGCCUCCCAUGACUCCCGGGACGUCCAUACCCCCCUACCUGUCCCCGGGACAGGACACCAAACCCCCCUACCUCCCACCUGACACCAAACCCAACAUCAGCGCCCAGCAGGUGUCCACAGGUAACCCGAGUGACGACCUGCGGCUUACGUUCCCGGUGCGAGACGGCGUGGUGCUGGAGCCGUUCAGACUGGAGCACAACCUGGCCGUCAGUAACCACGCCUUCCAGCUGAGAGACUCCGUCUACAAGACGCUCAUGCUGAGGCCGGACCUGGAGCUGCAGUUCAAGUGUUACCACCACGAGGACAGACAGAUGAACACUAACUGGCCCGCCUCUGUGCAGGUGAGCGUGAAUGCGACUCCUCUGUGCAUUGAACGAGGAGACAACAAAACCUCCCACAAGCCGCUGUACCUGAAGUCUGUGUGUCAGCCGGGACGCAACACCGUGCAGAUCACUGUGACCGCCUGCUGCUGCUCCCACCUGUUUGUGUUGCAGCUGGUCCACCGGCCGUCGGUCCGCUCCGUCCUGCAGGGUCUGAUGAAGAAGAGGCUGCUGCCGGCCGAACACUGCAUCACCAAGAUAAAAAGAAACUUCAGUAGCGGGACGAUCCCCGGCACCCCGGGUCUGAACGGAGAGGACGGCGUGGAGCAGACGGCCAUCAAAGUUUCCCUCAAAUGUCCGAUCACCUUCAGACGAAUCCAGCUGCCAGCCAGAGGACACGACUGCAGACACAUACAGUGCUUCGACCUGGAGUCCUACCUGCAGCUAAACUGUGAACGAGGGACGUGGAGGUGUCCUGUGUGCAAUAAAACAGCUUUGCUAGAAGGGCUGGAGGUGGACCAGUACAUGCUCGGGAUCCUCGUCUACAUCCAGAAUUCGGACUACGAGGAGAUCACCAUAGACCCGGUGUGCGGCUGGAGGCCGGUCCCCGUUAAACCAGACCUGCACAUAAAGGAGGAGCCGGACGGGCCGGUCCUGAAGCGCUGCCGGACCGUCAGCCCGAGUCACAUGGUCCUGCCCAACGUGAUGGAGAUGAUCGCUGCUCUGGGCCCGGCCUCGUCCCCCUACCACAGCCUGCCAGCAGGGGGCAGGAACACCCCCGACUACAACAGGCCAGGGAGCCAGGGAUUCUCCAGCCAGGCAGGAUUCUCAGACUUCCCCAACACUCCCGGCACCCCGACCCUGGGAGAGUACGCCUCCUCUGGACCUCCGCUCCCGUAUCAGUCCGAGCAGACGUCUCACUCCGGCCGGAUGGAUCACGGCCACAGCAUCCUGCAGCAGCACGGUUCGGGCGUUCACGGGAAUCAGAGCCUCGGGGACGCCGGCAGUCCGCUACCGCAGCGGAACAUCAAUACCCAGAAUUCCCGGCUGCAGAGCGAAGGCUCCUUCGGUCUGGGAGGCCCCGGAGCUCCUGGAGGGGAGGGGGCCGAUCAUGCACUAGAUCUUCUUCCUGAGCUGACCAACCCAGACGAGCUGCUGUCCUACCUGGGCCCCCCCGACCUCCCCAACAACAGCAGCGACGACCUGCUGUCUCUGUUCGAGAACAACUGAACUCCUCCAUGUUGUUGUCAUCUUCCAGCUUCUGCUUCUCGGUCUGCUGUAGCCCCGCCCCCUCAUCGGUUAACGACAGCACCGUCUCUGUUGUCACCCUCUUCUUCUGUGUGUGUGUGUGUGUGCAUGAACGAAUGUGUGAGUGAGUGAGUGAUUGUGUCUUUGUGUGUCUUUGUUGUUUUUUUAACGUGUCCUGGAGGGGACACACAUGAAGAAUCUAACAGUUCAGACUGUGGCACUGACUGACUGCAGACCAGCAUUUUAAACUAUAGCACAAAUCACAGGCUGAAGGAUUUAAAUAUACAGUAUUUAAUUUAUUAGUUAAAGUGGAGGACUGUGGAAGCUGGGUGUGUUUAUGAGGAGUUACUGGACAUAUUAAUACAGUGGUUCCCAAACUUUCUUUUCUUUUCUGUUUUCCUCUCUGUUUUUGCACAAAGGCACAUUCCCAGUAAAUGACUUUUCUAACGCAGUAUUUCUACUUUUAACCUUGUAAUCGCUGCAAAAAAUAUAUAUAUAAAAAGGUUAUGAUUGUGUUUCCAGAGUUGUAAAAUCCUUUCUCGUUUUAUUUCGAACCGCUGUAAACCCCCCCACCGACCCCUGUGUUUGGGAACCAUUGCAUUAAAGGUUGAAGCUGGUGAUGUUCUCCAGUUUUCUUAUUGUCAACAAAUCCCAGGAAAAGACCAAUUAAUACUUCAUGACUUCUUGUCUGAAGCCAGGUUUUGACUCAAUGUUAACCCAAAAUUAACCCAAUCUUUAGAAAAAUGGCAAAAGAAAAUACUUAUUUCCAUCCACUAACAUUAUACAGUUAAUUAAAAGAAUCAUUUGAACCUGAAACGGUCUCAGACUGUAGAAAACUGGAUGGAAAUGUCUGAAAAUGUCAGUGGAGGUAAUACUAAUAUCUGUUAUUCCAGUAAAAGUACUAGAACCACAAUGUAAAGUAAAAGCACUCAUUAUGCUGAUGGCCAUUUCAGAAUAUAUAUAUAUAUAUAUAUAUUUGGAUUAUGAUUAUUGAUGCAUUAAUGUCUGAAUCAAUUCUAAUCACUUUAUAUACUGCUAAUUUUAUGAACAUAUAGUAUUUAUUCUUAGUUCUGAAAAUUCAUCUUGAAAAAACCCUCAAUAAAUUAAAAUUUACAAGAAGAAAAAGAGCAAAUUUUCACAUUUAAGAAGCUCAUAAUGAGAUUAUUUUGGAUAUUAAUACAAUUACAGAGUAAUUUAUUUUUCUUUCAAUCAAUUAAUUGACCUGGACUUGUCAUAUACUGCUGGGUAGCUUAUAUUGUAAAAUAUUUAAUUGUUUAUUAGUUGAUGUAUAUUUGGUAUUAAAGUCAAAAUCUGCAAAGGAAUUAGUUGGUAAAGUAUCAAAAAUAA